AUGGGAUUUGGGGAAACCUUCAUAGACAUGGUAUGGAGAAUAAUGUCUAACAAUUGGUACUGUGUCAUCAUAAAUGGCAGCAGGCAUGGUUUUUUCCAUUCAAUAAGAGGUCUCAAACAGGGAGACCCACUCUCUCCUGCUCUCUUUGUUCUUGGUGCAGAGGUGCUGACCAGAAUAUUAAACAACCUUCAUCAGCACUAUCUAUACACUGGUUUUCAAAUGGAGAACAGGGGUCCUCAAAUUAACCACUUGAGUUUUGCAGAUGACAUUAUUAUUUUCACCUCAACUUCUAAGUAUUCCCUUCAACUCAUCAUGAAGACUCUUCAGAUGUAUGAAGGCAUUUCUGGACAGUUUAUUAAUAAGGACAAAAGCCAAAUCUUGAUCCCUACCAACACACCUGAUGAUAUAAUUGAUAGAGUAGUGUCCAUCACUGGUUAUAAAUGCACUCAUGGUCCUAUGACAUACUUGGGAUGUCCAUUGUAUAUAGGAAGACAAAGGGUCAUAUAUUUCACUAGUAUAGUCGCAAAAGUGAUUGCUAAAAUUCAAGGGUGGCAGACAAAGAUGCUAAGCUAUGGGGGUAGAGCCACUUUGAUCAAAUCAGGUUGGGAUAAGGAGAAAAGGAAGUACCACUGGGCCUCUUGGGAAACCCUUAGCUUACCAUAUGAGGAGGGAGGGAACUGCAGUUUCUGGUGGGAUGAUUGGCUGGGUAUUGGCUCUUUAGCCAAUCACUAUGAAUAUAUUCCAAGAUUCAACAACUCCACUGUCUCCAUGUUCUUGACAAAUGGAAAAUGGAAUGAAGAGAAAAUCAGGAAACAGGCCCCUCAACACAUGAUACACACAAUUCUCAAUACUGAAAUCAUGUACCAACAAAACACAUUAGAUCAAGCUCAAUGGAAGCUGCAAUCACAUGGAAAUUUCACUUGUAAAUCAGCUUGGGAAAAUGUGAGAAAGAAAAAAAAUAAGACAUUGACAGAUAGGAUGACAUGGCAUACUAACAUCCCUUUCAAGGCUUCAUUCUUGCUUUGGAAAGCAUUGAGACACAAACUGCCAACCAAUGAUAAACUGAUUUCUUUUGGGAGAGAAACUGCAGAGUGCUCAUGCUGCUACAGGCCUGGUUUGGACAACAUAAAUCAUAGUUUUGUCUCUGGAAGCUUUGCUAAACACAUCUGA